UCCAGCUGUGCUGCCUCUGGUCCCGACGUCGUCCUCUCUGCUGUGCUGAGGUUUUUUCUGAAGUUUCUACUGAAGAAGGAGAAGAAGUCGCUGGUUGAGCUGAAGCCUGAAACCAGAGGUGAUUCCAUCCUGGAGCUCAAAGUUCAUCGACUGCUCAGCUGUUUGUUCAGACUGUUAAAAUCUGAUGUGUUUUUAGGACUGACCAUAGACAACAGGCAGCUUCUUCUCCACACAUGAAGCCGUCUGCAUCCGCAGUGGGUUUUCAGUGAUGAUGAUGAUCUAGUGAAGGACCAGUUGGGUAAAACUAUAUUAACCCUCAUACCUGAACAUAAAACUGGAAGAUCAGACUUUGGAAGCGAGACUCUCCUGUUUCCAGCUGUGUCCAUGGAGAGAGACCAGUCUAAGAGUCCACCUGUUGACUUCAAACAUGGACAGCAGUCAGCUGAUCACAGGAGGAUCCAUCAACAGAAACAUGAUUCUCCUGAACACAGCUGUGUGUCCAUGAAGAGUGACUGGUCUAUGAUUGAACCUGUUGACUUCAAAGAUGGACACCAGUCUGAUGAUCCAGGGAUCCAUCAGCAAAGACCAGAUCCCUCUGGAAUCACAGCUGUGUCCAUGAAGAGUGACUGGUCUAUGAUUGAACCUAUUGACUUCAAAGAUGGACAGAAGUCUGCUGAUCCAGGACUUCAGCAGCAGAUCUCAGUGGUUUCCAGUCAUCAGUCUGAACAGCAGCAUCACAAAGACCUGGACUCCAUAUUCAUGCUGCUGGAGGAGAACAUGGUCAGUUUUAUGAAGAAGGAGCUGAAGAAGAUCCAGAAGGUUGUGAGUCCAGAUUACCCAGAAUGCUCAGAGAGUCAGAGGGAGGAUGAGGAGGUGUUGGAGGGUGAGGAUGAAGAGCAGAGGAGGAGCAGCAGAGGUUUAUUGGUGAAGAUGACAGUGAACUUCCUGAGGAGAAUGAAGCAGGAGGAGCUGGCUGACUGUCUGCAGAGCAGGCAUUUUGCUCCAGAGUGUGGACGUAAAGUUAAAUCUAGUCUGAAGGAGAAGUUCCAGUGUGUGUUUGAGGGGAUUGCUAAAGCUGGAAACUCAACCCUUCUGAAUGAGAUCUACACAGAGCUCUACAUCACAGAGGGAGGGACUGCAGAGGUCAAUGAUGAACAUGAGGUCAGACAGAUUGAAACAGCAUCCAGGAAACCACACAGACCAGAAACAAGCAUCAGACAAGAAGACCUCUUUAAAGCCUCACCUGGAAGACAUGGACCAAUCAGAAGAGUGAUGACAAAGGGAGUGGCUGGCAUUGGGAAAACAGUCUUAACACAGAAGUUCACUCUGGACUGGGCUGAAGACAAAGCCAACCAGGACUUCCUCUUCAUAUUUCCAUUGACUUUCAGAGAGCUGAAUGUGGUGAAAGAGAGAAAGUUCAGCUUGGUGGAACUUGUUCAUCACUUCUUCACUGAAACCAAAGAAGCAGGAAUCUGCAGCUUUGAAGACUUCCAGGUUGUGUUCAUCUUUGACGGUCUGGAUGAGUGUCGACUUCCUCUGGACUUCCACAAGACUGAGAUCCUGACUGAUGUUACAGAGUCCACCUCAGUGGAUGUGCUGCUGACAAACCUCAUCAGGGACCUGCUUCCCUCUGCUCGCCUCUGGAUAACCACACGACCUGCAGCAGCCAAUCAGAUCCCUCCUGAGUGUGUUGACAUGGUGACAGAGGUCAGAGGGUUCACUGAGCCCCAGAAGGAGGAGUACUUCAGGAAGAGGUUCAGAGAUGAGGAGCAGGCCAGCAGGAUCAUCUCCCACAUCAAGACAUCACGAAGCCUCCACAUCAUGUGUCACAUCCCAGUCUUCUGCUGGAUCACUGCUACAGUUCUGGAGGAUGUGUUGGAAACCAGAGAGGGAGGAGAGCUGCCCAAGACCCUGACUGAGAUGUACAUCCACUUCCUGGUGGUUCAGGCCAAAGUCAAGAAGGUCAAGUAUGAUGGAGGAGCUGAGACAGAUCCACACUGGAGUCCAGAGAGCAGGAAGAUGAUUGAGUCUCUGGGAAAACUGGCUUUUGAUCAGCUGCAGAAAGGAAACCUGAUCUUCUAUGAAUCAGACCUGACAGAGUGUGGCAUUGAUAUCAGAGCAGCCUCAGUGUACUCAGGAGUGUUCACACAGAUCUUUAAAGAGGAGAGAGGCCUGUACCAGGACAAGGUGUUCUGCUUCGUCCAUCUGAGCGUUCAGGAGUUUCUGGCUGCUCUUCAUGUCCAUCUGACCUUCAUCAACUCUGGAGUCAACCUGAUGGAAGAACAACAAACUACAUCUCAGUGGUCUAAACUAUUUAAAAAUCUAACACGUCUCCAUCAGAGUGCUGUGGACAAGGCCUUACAGAGUCCAAAUGGACACCUGAACUUGUUCCUCCGCUUCCUCCUGGGUGUUUCACUGCAGACCAAUCAGACUCUCCUACGAGGCCUGCUGACACAGACAGGAAGUAGCUCACAGACCAAUCAGGAAACAGUCCAGUACAUCAAGGAGAAGAUCAGUGAGAAUGUGUCUGUAGAGAGAAACAUCAAUCUGUUCCACUGUCUGAAUGAACUGAAUGAUGGUUCUCUAGUGGAGGAGAUCCAACAGUCCCUGAGAUCAGGAAGUCUCUCUACAGAUAAACUGUCUCCUGCUCAGUGGUCAGCUCUGGUCUUCAUCUUACUGUCAUCAGGAGAAGAUCUGGAUGAGUUUGACUUGAAGAAAUACUCUGCUUCAGAGGAGGCUCUUCUGAGGCUGCUGCCAGUGGUCAAAGCCUCCAACAAAGCUCUGCUGAGCAGCUGUAACCUCUCAGAGAGAAGCUGUGAAGCUCUGUCCUCAGUUCUCAGCUCCCCGUCCUCCAGUCUGAAAGAGCUGGACCUGAGUAACAACAACCUGCAGGAUUCAGGAGUGAAGCUGCUGUCUGCUGUACUGGAGAGUCCUCACUGUAAACUGGAUACUCUCAGGCUGGGCAUUUGCUACCUCUCAGAGAGAAGCUGUGAAGCUCUGUCCUCAGUUCUCAGCUCCCAGUCCUCCAGUCUGAGAGAGCUGGACCUGAGUGACAACAACCUGCAGGAUUCAGGAGUGAAGCUGCUGUCUGCUGGACUGGAGAGUCCUCACUGUAAACUGGAAACUCUCAGGCUGAGCAGCUGUAACCUCUCAGAGAGAAGCUGUGAAGCUCUGUCCUCAGUUCUCAGCUCCCAGUCCUCCAGUCUGAGAGAACUGGACCUGAGUAACAACAACCUGCAUGAUUCAGGAGUGAAGCUGCUGUCUGCUGGACUGGAGAGUCCUCACUGUAAACUGGAAACUCUCAGUCUGUCAGGUUGUCUGAUCACAGAGGAAGGAUGUUCUUCUCUGGCCUCAGCUCUGAGCUCCAACCCCUCCCAUCUGAGAGAGCUGGACCUGAGCUACAACCAUCCAGGAGUCAAGGGAGUGAGGCUGCUGUCUGCUAGACUGGAGGAUCCACUCUGGAGACUGGACACUCUCAGGAUGGACCAUGGUGGAGAGCAGUGGUUAAAACCUGGUCUGAGGAAGUAUUUCUGUGAACUUGAAGUCGACACAAACUCAGUCAAUAGAAACCUCAAACUAUCUGACAACAACAGGAAGGUGACAUAUGUGGAGGAGGAGCAGCCAUAUCCUGAUCAUCCAGACAGAUUUAACUGGUGGAAUCAGCUGCUGUGUAGAAAUGUUGUGACUGGUCGAUGUUACUGGGAGGUUGAGUGGAGAGGAAAUGUUGAUAUAUCAGUGAGUUACAGAGGAAUCAGAAGGACAGGAGACAGUGACUGUGUGUUUGGAAAGAAUGAUCAGUCCUGGAGUCUGAUCUGUUCUGAUGAUGGUGGUUACUCUGUCUGGCACAAUAACAUACCAACAUCCAUCUCGUCCUCUGUCUCUAACAGAGUCUCAGUGUAUGUGGACUGUCCUGCUGGAACUCUGUCCUUCUACAGAGUCUCCUCUAACAAACUGAUCCACCUCCACACCUUCAACACCACAUUCACUGAACCUCUCUCUCCUGGAUUUAUAGUCUGGUCUGGUUCCUCAGUGUCUCUGUGUUCUCUGUAGGAAGAAAGGAGAGUCUUUGAAGUGACAGCAGCUUCAACUCCAGGUCCAGGUUUAUGACUAGUUACCAGUUCAGGUCCAAGUCCAAGUCCAGGUUCAGGUCCUGGUUCUGCACCAGUUCCCAGUUCAGGUCCCAGUCUUUACCCAGAUCCCGGUUUUAAACCAGAUCCAGGUCCAGGUCUUUGUCCUGGUCUACUACUCUGUGUCUCCUCCAUCUUCUUGUGAGGGUCUCUGGUCUGGAGGCUGAAUAUCUGACCUGUGGAGUUCUAAGCUACAUCUGCUUCUGUGGCCUCAUCAACCAGCCCAGUCUUCAUGGUC